UUUAUCGUGUGUGGUAGAGAGAUAUGCCAAGAAUAUGCAAGAGAAGUUGAGAAGUUAGCUUUUAGGCUCUUGGAACUUAUCUCCAUUAGUUUGGGUCUACCUGGUGAUCGCUUAGCCGGCUUCUUUAAUGACCAAACUAGUUUUGUGCGGUUUAACCAUUACCCUCCUUGCCCGAACCCCGACCUAGCAUUAGGUGUUGGACGUCACAAAGACGCAGGAGCAAUAACCGUCCUCGCCCAAGAUAGUGUAGGUGGGUUACAAGUGAGUCGUAGAUCCGAUGGACAAUGGAUCCCUGUGACACCGAACCCGGAUGCUUUGAUCAUUAACAUUGGAAAUUGUAUUCAGGUUUGGACAAAUGAUAAGUAUUGGAGUGCAGAGCAUAGAGUGGUGGUGAACUCAAGCAAAGAGAGGUUCUCAAUACCCUUCUUCUUUUUCCCGUCACAUGAAGUCAACAUCGAACCACUGGAAGAGCUUAUAAGUGAAGAGAACCCGCCUUGUUACAAAAAGUACAAUUGGGGAAAGUUCUUUGUUUCGAGAAACAGAAGUGAUUACAAGAAGCUCGAGGUUGAGAACAUCCAGAUUGAUCACUUUAAGGCUUAGUUAAUCACAUCAAUUAUAUCUAAGUCUCAUGUUAGUCAAUCAAGUUCAGUCUGUUUGUUUUUUUCUUUAAAACUAAUAUGCAGUGUUUCUUCCUAAUAAAUGUUUCUCAAAAUGUA